ACAUUGAACUUCUUUUGGAUGCAGAGGACUUUUAAGUGCUAGAGUGUGUCUUUAGGUGUUAUUUUAAAACAUAGUUGCUACUCUCAAAAUAGUCUAAUGGGAAAAUAAAUACAAAAAGUGGAAGACUAUUUUGAAGAAUUAGGUUAGAAACAAAUAAGAAUUAUAUUUGAGUUCUUCCUGGCUUUACCACUUACCAGCUUUGUGACCUUGAACAAUUUACCUAACCUUUCUAAUUCUCAGUUGCCUUAGCUAUGCAAUGGGAACAACAGUACCUACCUAACAAGUUUGUUUUGAGGAUUAAUUGAGAUAAUAUGCACAACAUGAUUAGCAUAAGACCUGGCACAUCAUAAAUGGUUGACACCACUGCUGCCACUAUUAAUCAAAAGCAGUAUUACAUAUACUUUUACUGCUUUCAGCCCAGUCUCUACACAGCAGCCAAAAUGCUUUGAAAAAUGCAAUUCUGAACAUAUUCUCCUACUUACAAUUCAUCAUAACACCACGUUACUCUUAUGAGACAGUGCAAAACCUUCCAUGUGGCCUAUAAUUAGGCCACAUAGAGCAUUAAAUAAAGGAAACAGUUUGUGUUAUGGUGUAUUUCAUGUGCCUAUAAUUAGGCCACAUAUAGCAUUAACUAAAGGAAACAGUUUGUCGUGUUACGAUAUAUUUAGCAUUUGCCCCAGAAUUUUUAUUUUAUACCAAAAUGUUAUUAUGUACAUUAAGUCAAGUCAGAACAGAUUUGAUAAACUUCCACUUUUUACUUCCAGCUUCCACCAUGGUCUCAUCUAAUAGUAUUUGAGAAACAUCUUACUUUAGGAUGUGGUUAAAUCUAAAAGAUGAUGAGUAAUCAUUCUUUUCUUUUUCCUGACCUUUUCCAGGCUCAGUAUAACACCUUCUAUUCAAGGACAGCUGGGGGGCACUCACUUAUGAAACAUGCAUACAUGAGCAGCAAGAGAUAGCUGACUUUUGGGUUUGGGUGCUGGUCAGGAAAGUAUUCAAUACUGUUACUCCAGCCAGCCACUUGGUGUAGUAAUCAGUUGUGUGGCCUGUGAAGUAUGAGAAGCCAGUGGACUACCAGUUGGCAGAGUUGCAUGUUAUCAGGUGGUUCAGAUGGUGUGAUUGUACUUUAUGACCUUGAGAACUCCAGCAGACAGUCUUAUUAUACAUGUAAAGCAGUGUGUUCCAUUGGCAGAGAUCAUCCUGAUGUUCACAGAUACAGUGUGGAGACGGUACAGUGGUAUCCUCAUGACACUGGCAUGUUCACAUCAAGCUCAUUUGAUAAAACUCUGAAAGUAUGGGAUACAAAUACAUUACAAACUGCAGAUGUAUUUAAUUUUGAGGAAACAGUUUAUAGUCAUCAUAUGUCUCCAGUCUCCACCAAGCACUGUUUGGUAGCAGUUGGUACUAGAGGACCUAAAGUACAACUUUGUGACUUGAAGUCUGGAUCCUGUUCUCACAUUCUACAGGGUCACAGACAAGAAAUAUUAGCAGUUUCCUGGUCGCCACGUCAUGACUAUAUCUUGGCAACGGCAAGUGCUGACAGUAGAGUAAAAUUAUGGGAUGUGAGAAGAGCAUCAGGAUGUUUGAUUACUCUUGAUCAACAUAAUGGGAAAAAGUCACAAGCUGUUGAAUCAGCAAACACUGCUCAUAAUGGGAAAGUUAAUGGCUUAUGUUUUACAAGUGAUGGGCUUCACCUCCUCACUGUUGGUACAGAUAAUCGAAUGAGGCUCUGGAAUAGUUCCAAUGGAGAAAACACACUUGUGAACUAUGGAAAAGUUUGUAAUAACAGUAAAAAAGGAUUGAAAUUCACUGUGUCCUGUGGCUGCAGUUCAGAAUUUGUUUUUGUACCAUAUGGUAGCACCAUUGCUGUUUAUACAGUUUACUCAGGAGAACAGAUAACUAUGCUUAAGGGACAUUAUAAAACUGUUGACUGCUGUGUAUUUCAGUCAAAUUUCCAGGAACUUUACAGUGGUAGCAGAGACUGCAACAUUCUGGCUUGGGUUCCAUCCUUAUACGAACCAGUUCCUGAUGAUGAUGAGACUGCAACAAAAUCACAAUUAAAUCCAGCCUUUGAAGAUGCCUGGAGCAGCAGUGAUGAAGAAGGAUGAAUAUCACCUUUAGUACCUUUGUGUCUCUGCUGAAACUUUUUAAAUGAGACCGUAUGUUUUUUUCAACUGUACGGUCUAUUCCUGACAGCUAAAUUAGCCCUAAAUGUGGGUAAUUUUUUUCCUCAUGUUUUAAAAUGAGGUUAAUAUUUGCAUAAAAUUCUAAAACAGGCUUCUGUGUAGUUUAUUUAGUCAAAAUGUGUUCCUUGAUCCCAGAUGCUGUGGCCUGGGGAAGCCCUCCUUGCUACAGUACAAGUACACAAGUCAUUGUACCUCAAUUGUGACCUUCAGCAGAUUUUAUGAACUAUAAGAUGCAGUCUCAGAGGAUCAGCAAGUGGAGGCCACCAGUAUUGACUUUCUCUUACUUGCUAUACUAUCAGCCUGCUCAUUUCCACCUUCAAGAAUGAUUUUGCCAAGAAUAAUUAUAUCAAAAAUAGUAGUUGAAAUGGUAACAUCAAAAUUAUUUUAUUCUUUCUUCUUCAUGUAUUCACAUUUUUCAAUGGUUUCAUUUAAUUAACCAUGCUUUAUGUUAAACAUUUUUGGGCUUAAUGUCUCCUACAAUCCAAAAUGUGCAUCACAGGAGGCUUUUAACUUUGUGAAAAUCCCAUGUUUGCUUUGUUUUAUUUUAAUGUCAGAAGGCAGUUUGCACUAAUGCUUGAACUCUUUUUUUUAUGAAACUCAUUAAGAUAUGACGAAAUCCUGCCUCAUUAAUUCAAGCAGAAAAUAUCCUGGUGGGGAAUCUGGCUUAAAUAUGAAAUGUUGUAAUAAAAUUUCUAUGUUACUGUCUCCUGUGUCAACCCACAAGUGAUUAUCAUGAAGGUAAUCUUAAUAUUCCCUUCCUGAUCCUUACCAGCAGUAGACUAGUAAAUGAGGCUUUUAUGAGUUUGAAUACCAAAAGUAUACAGUUGUUGAGGGGUUGUUUUGUUUUGUUUUGUUUUCUGAGAUGGAGUUUCACUCUGUCACCCAGGCUGGAGUACAGUGUUGUCAUCUCGGCUCACUGCAACCUUCGCCUCCCAGGUUCAAGCAAUUCUUCUGCCUCAGCCUCCCAAGUAGAUGGGAUUAUAGGCUCCCGCCAUGGCGCCUGGCUAAUUUUUUGUAUUUUUAGUAGAGAUGGUGUUUCACCAUGUUGGCCAGGCUGGUCGUGAACUACUGACCUCAAAUGAUCCACCCGCCUCAGCCUCUCCAAGUGCUGGGAUUACAGGCGUGAGCCACUUCACCCGGCCAGUUGUUCAGUUUUUAAGUGUAUAAGGGUUAGACCUCAUAUCAGACCUUUCCAGCUAAAUGUUUUCCAAGCACCUGCUUUUACAAUUGAUUUUUUUUUAAUUGACAGAUAAAAUUGUAUGUAUUUACCAUGUACAACAUACUGUGUUGAAGCAUGUAUACAUUAUAGAAUGACUAAAUCUAGCUAACUGACAUAUGCAUUACCUCACAUAGUGACCAUUUUUGUGGUAAGAACACUUUACAUCCAUUCUCUUAUCAUUUUUCAAAAUUAAUUGUAAUCUUGUAACUAGAGUUACUAUGUUGUGCAAUAGGUCUCUUGCACUAAUUCCCCCUAUUUAACUGAAGUUUUGUAUCCUUUGACCAAUGUCUCUCCAACCACCCUAGCUCCUGGUAACCACCAUUCUACUCUCUACUUCUAUGAGAUCAGCUGUUUGCGUAUGUGUACCACAUUUUCUUUAUCCAUUCAACCAUUGAUAGAUGCUUAGGUUGAUGCUAUAUCCUGGCUAUUGUGAAUAAUGCUGCAAUGAACCUGGUAGUGCAGAUAUCUCUUUGACAUACUGAUUUCAUAUCCUUUGGAUAUAAGCCCAGUAGUAGGAUUGCUGGAUCAUAUGUAGUUCUAUUUUUAACUUUUUGCAGAACUUCCAUACUGUCUUCCAUAAUGGCUGUACUAAUUUACAUUCCUACCAAGAAUAUGCAAGAAUUCCUUUUUCUCCACAUCGUUGCCAACACUUGUUAUCUUUUGUCUUAUUGAUAAUAGCCGUUCUAACAGGUGUUAGGUGAUAUCUCAUUGUUUUAAUUUGCAUUUCCCUGGUGACUGCUGAUGUUGAUAAUUUUUUCACAUAUCUGCUGGCCAUUUGCAUGUCUUCUUUUGAGAACUGUCUUUUCAGGUUCUUUGCCCAUUUUUAAAUGGGUAAUUUUCCUGCUAUUGAGUUGACUUUCUUAUGUAUUUUGGAUAUUAACUCCUUAUCAGAUCUAUAGUUUAUAAAUAUUUUUUCUCCAUUCUGUAGGUUGUAUCUCCAUUCUGUAGGUUGUACCCUAUUGUUUCCUUUGCUGUGCAGAAGCUUUUUAGUUUCAUGUAAUUUCAUUUCUGUACUUGUGCUUUUGUUAUUGUGCUGUUGAGAUCAUAUCAAGCUGGGAUUACAGGCAUGCGCCACCAUGCCCGGCUUAUUUUGUAUUUUUAGUAGAGACAGGGUUUCUCCAUGUUGGUCAGGCUGAUCUCGAACUCCUGACCUCAGGUGAUCUGCCCACUUUGGCCUCCCAAAGUGCUGGGAUUACAGGCAUGAGCCCACCGCGGCCGGCCUGUAGUCAGCUCUUUAAGGCAACAAUUUAUUGGCUCAGGUGACUGGCACAAGCCACUUCUCUUUUGCUCAUUUCAUCCUUUGUGGCAAGGAUCAGCAACAGUGCUAAAUGAGAGUUUGUCAACACCUUCUGUAAAAACACCAGCAGGAGCCGGAGAGCUGCUUCUCCCAUGUGGCUCAGACACUUAAUUCCAGCUUCUCUACGCCCUGCAUGAUGGUAUCAUCCACUGUUGUGUAAAUCUGUAUGUUUUCUAAAUAAAUACACUGUUCAAAGUUAUGCUGAAACAACAUUCCUAAUAAGUCUUUGAGAACUGAGUUAUUAACUUUUUAUUGUACUAUUGUAAUGGUUUCUUAUAUAUAUUAUAUAUGCAAAAUGCAGAGGACUAUGGAAAAAGUUAUUAGAAUAAAUCACUGAUGAUCACUAUGGA